GGUGCGUGGGAGCGGGGCCGGCGAUCCUGGGGAGCAGCGGGGUCCCCCCCUCAAGGGCAGCGUUUGAAAGGCUGGUAGGGAGCUUGACACGUUGUUUGGCGGGCGACACCGGCACGGCACAACUCCUCUCAAUUCGCGCUCUGUAACACUCCGUUCCGUCAAACAACAUGCCGCCCAAGAAUUCAAAGCGGAAUGUGAAGGGGGGUGAAGGCUCUUCUGGUGAGGAAGGGGGGGGAGCUUCUUCCCCAAAGCGUAAAAGAUUCAUUUCGGAAGAAAAGGAUAGAAAGUAUGAUUCUGAAGACUCAAUGGAGGACACAAAAGAUUCCAACGACUGGGGAGGUGAGAGUACGCGAGAUGGUGGAUGGGACAGGUACUCUGACCAGGAUCGGUACUCUAGCCGUUCCAGCAGCAAGCCUGGAGACUGGGAUUGUCCAAGUUGCCAGUUUUCCAAUUUUGCAUCACGCACUGCUUGUUUCAAGUGCAGGACUCCUAAAGAUGGAGAUUCCUUUGGGUCUGGAGGACGUGUUGGUGGUGGUGGUGGUGGUGGUGGUGGAGGAAUGCGAGACAUGCGUCCUGGAGACUGGGCUUGCCAGAAGUGCCAGUUCCAUAACUUCUCAUCCCGUGGCAUGUGCUACAAGUGUAAUGCUCCCCGUGGGGGUGGUGGCGGUGGUGACCGUUACUCUAGCCCUCGUGGUGGUGGUGGUGGUGGUGGUGGUGGCAGCAGGCCUGGGGAAUGGGAAUGCCCUAGUUGCCAGUUUUCCAACUUCUCGCAUCGCGAUUACUGCUUCAAAUGCAGGACUCCUAGAGAAGGUGGACGCUCUGGAGGAAUGGACGGUGGUAGAGGCAGUAUGCGUGCUGGAGACUGGGAGUGCCAACAGUGCCAGUUCCAUAACUUCGCUUCACGUGAUCAGUGCUUCAAGUGCUCUUCCCCAAAAUGAUGUGCACUCUAGCCCACCUUUAAGAGAACACCCUGGACCAAGACGAAGAACUUAUGGCGGCAGCGGGAAUACCACUCGGGAUAUUUAUUAGAAGAGUUGAGGAAUUAUUAUGGAUUACUAUGAAAUGCAUUUGUUUUGUACCUAGUAUUGUGAAAUUUUGAGAGAUUUAUCAUUGUGGGGAUUGCUCAAGUGGUAUCAAAUAUCUCUUUAUUUGUAGUUCAUAAUGAUGAUAGUGAUAUUUGGCCAGUAUAUUGGCCAGUCCUUACUCAUUUCAUUAUUAUGGACAUGGCUUGUGAUGUAUGAUCAACUAGUGUUUCUGCUUUAGUUUCAGUACAUCAUAUUCAAAAUUGCGGAAACAUAGGUCGAUAUUCACUGCCAGAUGCUUUACUGUCUUUCCCUUGUCUGUAUGGUACAAACCAUUAAGGUAAGAGGGGUACAAUAGGCGGAAGAUUUCCAGGUGUUUUUUUUUUUUUCUACAUUUGAGAUGAAAUUGUAUUUUUUGUCAUAAUCUUUUUUAGGGUGUAUUUUGAGUUUCAUUAUAAAUGCUACAUUAUAAAUUUUUUUCACGUUUUACUUAUCUUCUUGCUACUCCCCUAAGCUUUGUGAAGAAUAUCCCCUUUGUAACUUGUUUAAUUUUAAAUGAUGUACUGGGUAUCCUGAGGUUCAUCUAGUGAUCCAUACCUCUUUUAAAAGUAUUGUAUUUAAGCGAAUGGACCGAUAUUAUAGAACUCCAAAUCGGGAAUGUUGAAAGUUUAGCGUACUGCUUUGGGUGUCCAGUACAGUUAAUGUUUUAAAUGUUACUUUUCUGCUAAUAUAUAGAGAAUAGUUUCCUUUGUAAAAUGCUUCUAAAUACUGUUUGUGGGUUUACUGCAAAGUGCUGGAAAGAAACAGUUGAUAUCUUGCUAGAACACUCCUCUUGAUGCUGUACCUGAUUUCCCAAGAAAGGCGUAUAAAGGUUUAUUUUAGUAUAAGAAUUUCCCAUCAGUAUGUGAGGCACGUGUUGUACGGUCACAUUGUGUUUUAAGGAUUAUUUGGUGGUUAUUUUUAUGAAUAUUUACCUUUGUUUAUUUUUUAUAUUUUUUUUUUGUAAGUGGGCUGGUCAGUUGUGGUCGUGAAUGCAAAUGUAGUAAAUCAUAAUUGACAUUUAUCUUUUAAAGAAAUUUUAUAAGGAAAACUGGUAGCAAGUUAUAGUUUUUUUGUAAGGGAGAAAUAUUGGUAGCUUUUGUAUUGGGCCGAGACUAAUUACAGGAGAAAUAAAUUAAAAGCAAGCA